AUUUCCUGAAGAAAUUUUCAUCGGAUCAAUUCAGGAUGUUUUGUUUGCGCAGCAGAUACAGCUCAGCAGUAGAAUUUAGUGAUGAGAGCAUGGAUGAUGCAAAGCACCUUCUUCAGGCGGUCUCCUCAUUUAUUAUGGAUGCAAAUGCAUAUAUAAAAGGACAGCUGGUAUGUGACCCCGUUAGAGAAGACAUACUGUGGGAAAGGCUAGCCAACACAAAAGUAACCGUGAAGGCUGCGUUUGCAGAUGACUUUGACACCUCCAGGGCUGUUGCAGCAAUUAUGGACCUCAUUCACCAUGGCAACAGACAGCUUAAGGCUGUUACUAAGGAUGCUGGAUGUCCUAGAAGCUCUGUUGUGUAUGGAAGCAUUAUUUCCUAUAUAGAAGGCUUUUUUAAUGCCCUUGGGAUGUCCUUUGGAGAAAGACAGGUGGCUCUGGGAGGAGGCGACUCAGCUGUGCUCUCUAAUGUCAUUGAUGAGCUUGUAAGGUUCCGCGCGAAGGUCCGUCAUUACGCGCUUGCUCUGCCAGAAGAAGCAGCAGAAGCUGUGCCAAUGGAGGGUGCCGCGGCAGCCAAAGGACCGAAACAAGAACAGAAGGAAAAGAGGCAGCAGUUAAUGCAGGAGAGAAAACCCCUCCUGGAGGCUUGUGACAGUCUGCGUGGAGACCUUGCUGCCUUUGGAAUCCACAUAAAGGACAGAGCUGCUGGAUCAACCUGGGAGAUUGCAGAAGGAGGGCAAGCAGCGCAGCAGCCUGAGAAAAAAAGCUGAUCCUUCAUCCUUGGACUUGUGGGUUUUUUUUUACUUCAGCUGCUUUGGCAACAGUUGUAAAUACUAAUACUUUCCAAAUAAAAUCUUUGGAACGGAA